AUGAAGGAGGAGGACCUCUUGAAUGACUCAAAUAGAGCUCCAGAUCGAGGCGUCAACAAGCCUUGGGCCUCCCCGCCUCGAGUCCCUGCACGACACAGCCCAACUUCGAAUCCUACUGCUAAAUCCGUCUCUACCACCAAUUGCGCUGUCUUCGAGUCUGAAGCUAUGUCUGUCGGUGAUAUCAACGACAGAGUCUCUGACGAAUCUUGGGAACCAAUCAACAAUGGACUCCGCAACGUCCUCUUCCCCAGUCAAACAGCAUCCGCGGAGCACGCCAUUCAGUCAAAAGAAGCCUUGGCUACCGAAGAUAUCAACGACAAUGCUUCCGACAUCUCCUUGGAGCCCAUUGAAGGAGGCCUGGAUAGUUUGUUCGCCACUUCCUCAACUGUAAAGACAAAAUCUAGGUCGAAGAGAAGGUCUAAGCGCAACAAGAAGAAGGCUCACACGCCAGCUAUCGAGAAUUCUCUCUAUACAAUCCUCAAGAACAUGGCAGCCGGGAAGCCAGCACCACCUCUCAAGUCAGGAGACGAAGCUCUUCUUGACUGGACCUCUGGUCUUUUGGCAUCGAUCUCGGUCACCAGCAAUACAUCCGCACCACCUGAUCCAGCUGAUACAAACAACGAUGAUUUGGUAGUCAGCUAUGCCAGUGACCUUCUUACUUCAAUUCCUGUCUGUUCUAGCACGAUUGAGUCUGGCCAAGCACAAAACCAAGUCAAUGGCGCUGGUGGCAGCAAUAACAAGAGUAGCGUCUCGUCGAAUUUCCAAAAUAUCUUCGGCACACCACCAGACAUCGAUAGCUACAAGUCCAAGUCUAACACUCCAAAAAUUCUGACGAUGUUCCACAAAUCAAAAGGAAGGAAGAAAUCUCAGAAGAAGUCGACUAAUAAUAUUAAUAGUAUGGACGACGACGCACUUUUCCAGUAUGCCAUGCAGCUGUCGCUUAUCGAGCAGGCUGAGAAGGAGUCCUUGUCUGACACGAGAGUCAAUAAUUGGGGUUCUACUGAUGGAAAACAGGCGUCAUAUGCGAACAAUAGCCAGGUUAACAGCCACUUGACUUCAGCUUCGAUACCUGUUCUUUCAGCCCUACAUCGCAUCAGUGAACUGAAGGCAACCGAGCGAAAAUAUUCUGCAUUCACUAGCGCCAAUGUUUCGUUCGGUAAAUUGACAAAGACAACAGGCGAGUCUACUUCAUACAAAAAGUCAGAGCACAACCCCAACAAAGUUGGAAACAAGGCGGCGAUCUCGACCGAGAGCAAAACCACAGAAAAAAUGGACAUCGACAUGUCGUUUGCUGCGAUGGAUCACAACUCUCCACUUGGAGCCAAGGACGGCAGUGAGAAGGGUACCUCAGCUUCACCAAACGCGCUUCUAAACCAAAACAACGCACAAGCUACCCACUCGCUCGUCCUUAAGGAGACUAUCAACUCAGCACCACCUCAGAUAUCCGCUCCCCUCGCUCAAAACCUUGCUCUCGCACCACCAACUUCCACAAACACUACAAUAGAUAUCUCACGCUCUCUCUCCGCCCUCACAAUGGAUCCCAACUUCCCCCACCCGCCCUUCAAGUUCACCAGGCUCCCCUUUACAGUCCGCAACUCAAUCUACAAGCUCCUCGUUCUCUCACCUUACUAUUACCGCACCACCUCCCCACGCAACCGCCGCGAGCGUCGCACAAACCCACACACCCCGUCCGCCCACACCUCCGUGUUCCUCGUCAACAAGCUCAUCUCCGCCGAAUCCCGCGCGAUCUUUUACACCUACAAUGUCUUCACGAUCGGUAACGGCCGCUGGGGCUGUACCCUCGAACCCAACUUGCACGGAUUCCAGACCUUCGCGAGUAUUGUGCCAGACCAGUUCAAGUCGAUGAUUAGACUAAUGGAGAUGAGGAUCGCUGUCCAUAAAGCCUGGCUGAGCACGUAUUUUCAGGGCGAUGAUAGAGAUUUCGAGGAGUUGAGAUUGCAGGAGAAGUUGGAUGGUCUGGGUGACCUAUUGAAAGCAGAGUUCCGGGGCAUAACGCGUGUGGCGAUCGAGUUUUACCUUCCAAGCGGGCAUUAUGCCUGGGGUUCUCCAGCCUAUUGGAGGGAUAAGGUGACCAGUGCUGUUAGUCGAGAGGAGAAACUCAGUUCCCUUUACGGCUUGAUCGACCUACCCCUCCUCGAAUAUUUCCACAUCCACCACACAGGUCCCUUGGACGUCAUUGUUGAAUUCUCAAACAUAGCCAAUGAUGUUAUCUUCAAAAACAAAGCCGAAGGUCGUGUUGCCUACAAUAUCGGAGAGCAGCUUUACACAGUGCAAGAGGAGCAGGCUGGAGUUCAGCUUGAGGAAGGUGAGAUCUUGGAGGAGGACAAGAAGGACAACAAGACUGAGUGUAAGCACGAUGAGAUUCAGGAGGCUGAUGAUCAGAUUUACAUGAAGGAGAUCGAAUAUGCUGAUGAGGGUGGCAAUGACGGUAGGAGUGGAUGA